ACACUCACCAGGAAAAACACAGCCACGGACGCCUUACCCAAACAGAGGACUCCAUCACCACACACACACACACACACACCCCGUCCUGGACUAAACUUCCCUCUGAAUCAUGUGUUCUGGAAACUGUGCUAAAUGCCUGGGGAUCACGCUCAUCCCGCUGGCCAUCAUCUGUGUGCUCUGCAACAUCCUCCUGUUCUUCCCCGGCGGGAAAGUGGCAGAUAAGAGCGAAGACAUCACGAACGAGGUCUUUUUCCUGGGAGGGAUUCUGGGAUCCGGCGUGCUGAUGAUCUUCCCGGCGCUGGUUUUCCUGGGCUUGAAGAACAACGACUGCUGUGGAUGCUGUGGGAACGAGAGCUGCGGAAAACGGUUCGCGAUGUUCAGCUCUAUCCUGUUUGCCGCGGCCGGAGCUGCCGGCGCCACUUACUCCGUGAUCAUCUCAUGUGUGGCCAUUAAUCACGGACCCAAGUGCUUUACACUAGCAAACACCACUGACACCAAUUACCCGUUCAACGAGGGAGACUACCUGUCCAACCACACACUGUGGGAUGUGUGCACGGGCCCGGGGGACAUCGUCACGUGGCACCUGACCCUGUUCUGCAUCCUGCUGAUAACCGGCCUGGUCCAGAUCGGCCUGUGCGCCUUCCAGGUGAUCAACGGGCUGAUCGGCACCAUCUGCGGGGACUGCUGCGGCUGCUGCGGGGAAUAAACCACUCGGAAUGGAUCAACGAUUCUUCAGUUCUAAUCAAACAUCGAAAUCUGUAAUUGUCAACAUUUUUCACCUCAUGAUUUUUAUUUAUACUGUUCAGAUGGAUGGUGUUUUCUUCCGUUUGCUGUAUUCAACAUUUGCCUGAGGGCUCAUGCUUAUGAAGGCAACAGAUAUUUGAUAUUGUUAUAUAAAUAGGCCUAUAGGCUAUUAUGAUGUAUGAUACCGAUUUAUAUAGGAAAUAUGAUAUAAUAGCUAUUGAUACAUAGGACUAUUAGAAAGAUAUUUAUUCAAACUGUAAGAGAAUGUUAUUUUCGUACAAGUAUUUAGUCUUUUUUAAUGAUGGAAGGGAACGUGCAAAUAUGUGAAUUAUUUGAUUAACAAAUUGAAAAACAGUUUCAUUUUAUCUCAGGAAAUCCAUUGCUAUAUUAGUAAAAUAAUAUUUGACACUUAAUAAACUCUUGAAUUAAAAAA